AUUCAUUGCGUAUUUUUUCGUAGUGAACAGCAAAAGGUGUAUAAGAACUGCUUUGUUCGAUUAUCGUAAAGCUUUUGAUUUAAUCGACCAUAGCAUACUUAUAAGGAAAUUAUGUAUGUUAGACGUGCCAAACAGCAUAAUUUAUUGGAUUAUCGACUUUCUGUCAAACAGAUCUCAGAGAAUCAGAUUUGGGAGGGAUGUGUAUGUGAUUGGGGAUCAGUCCCCUCAGGCGUCCUUCAGGGAACCAAAUUAGGGCCUUGGCUUUGUUUGAUUACGAUUAAUGACCUUGUAGUCGAAAAUGCACGCUUAUGGAAAUAUGUAGACGAUACCACUAUCUCCGAAACGGUUGCGAAGAGGGAACUUAGCAACGCCCAACGUACUAUAGAUAGAGUACUACAAUGGUCACUAGAUAAUAGAGUCCAGCUGAAUAGUGAUAAGUGUAAAGAAUCGCGAAUAUCUUUUACAAAGUCCCAGCAAGAAUUUAAGCCCAUUCUCAUUUAUGGCGAUACUUUAGAAGUGGUAGAAAUUGUUAACAUUUCCAGUGAUUUGACCUGGAAUAUUCAUAUUAAUGAAACUAUUAAGAAAACCUUCAGAGAUUAUAUAUUUUGGUUCAACUUAAGAGAGCUAAGGUUGCUCGCACUGACUUAGGGCUCUUUUACACUAGUUGUAUUAGAUCAAUUAUGAACUAUGCCUCGCACUGAUUUAGGGCUCUUUUACUCUAGUUGUAUAAGGUCAAUUAUGAACUAUGCGGUACCGCAGUUUGCCUAAAUAUUUAAUGCCAGAAUUAGAACGUGUACAGAAGAGAGCAAUGUGCGCUUCCGCUUUUUAGUUCACUUGUCUGACUAGCUACUAACAACAACAACAACAACACCACCAAACGUUUCUACAGUCAAAUGUAGACGUCGAUAAACGAAUUAAAAGUAUAAUGACAUUUUGAUGUUUUAAAAUACUAAAUUACAAGAGGUGGCCAGCACAAUGUAAAUUAACAGUAUAAAAUUUGGAAAUCUUUAAGUCAAAAAUUGUUCAAAAGUCAGCCUCGCAAGCAGAAUCACGCGUCUUGCUCUCGUGUUAACCUGAGAUUUGUCUCUAUUUUCACUUCGUAAGAGUGAAUAUCUACGCUUAGAUGAAAAUGACCGUAAUAUAAACUGCCGUUAUCACUGCUACCACGAAUAAUGCUCAAUUUGUUGGAGAUGCUAAAAUUUUAAAGAGAUUUACUCUUUUGUAAACAGAUGCUGAAAGUGCUUUUUGCGAGUGGAGUCAAAAUCAACUGUGCUCAUUCUACAACAGUACCGCGAGCCAGUUAAUGAUUACUCCUUGGGAUCGAGAUAACACCAUGGACAUUGAUGAGGUGUAUGUACAGUUAACACUGCUAAGAGAUAGCAGAAAACUUGCUGGAACAACAAAAGAAAGGCUUCAAGAUUACAGUGAGCUAUUCGCAAGCCAUGGUCAUCAUUUAAUUCCUACGAGAAUUUUAGUGUACGGGAGGCCAGGAAUAGGAAAGUCGACGUUGACAAAGAAACUCGCCGUUGACUGGUCACGAGGUAAUAAAGAAAUCCUAAAGAAGUUUGCUGUUGUACUUUUAAUCAAGCUCCGAGAUGUUUGCAACACGCAAGACUUCCGUGCCAUGCUACAAAAGGCCGAGCUGUUGUCCGCAGGUGACCCUAUGGUGUUUAGCCAAUUGUACAAUUACAUUCUUCGUAACCAACAGAAAGUCCUACUUAUUUUAGACGGUUAUGAUGAAUAUAGCGCCGAAAGAUCAUCACCAGUCCAUCAGAUUUGGAAAGGCAUUCAGUUGAGAGAUUGCACUCUUCUUGUGACGACACGACCGCGGAAAAAAGAUGAGUUAAGACCAGGAAGUCAUUUUCAGUUUGAAAUUAAUGGGUUUGAUGAUUCGCAAGUUAAAAAGUUUGCUCGCAAGUUUCUUCGUGACCAAACGGAAGUAAAAAAGUUCACAGAAUUCUUGGAUGAACGCGACCUGUGGGAGGUGGCGGAAAUACCUCUUCUCCUGUUAACUUUGGUUCUAAGCUGGAAGAAAUAUCAGGGAACAUUAACAUCCCGGUCAGACCUGUAUUACAAAUUUUGCCAGACGCUGCUUGAUCACGUGACCGCAAAAACCUCAGAUGAGACAUUUAGAAGCAUGGAUGAAUACAGGGAAGACCUCGUAAAGUUGGGGGAACUUGCCUGGCGGGCACUUUUAAAUGACUGUCUUUAUUUCAAGCUUAGCAACAUGCCUGAGGACAUUCGGUUAUUCCUCGAGAAGUUUAUCGAUUUUGGCUUUCUACAGACUUCUAACCUUUCAGUCUCUCCUCAUCGUGAGAAACUGGCGUUCUUUCUUCAUAAGUCGAUUCAGGAAUUUUUGUCUGCCUUGUUCAUUGUUUGGAAUACGAAGAAUGCAAAGGAAACACUCUUUGGCCAUCUAGCAAAAGUCGACUCCUUUGAAAGAGUCAAGACGAUAGAUGCUGUUCUGAAAUUUGUCUGCGAGAUGUCUUCCGAAGCUGCUAAUGCUGUAGUUAAUCAUGUGCAGAUGGUAGGAGAAAAAGAAGGUCUGAAUAGGACGACCUCUUCUGAAGAGUUGUCUAAAGAUCAGAGAGAGUUUGAGUUAUGCCUAAAGUCCUAUUCAUCAAUGGUAAGAGAAAAAAAUAUCAGGAUAAUAAAUGCACUGGCUAAAAGUGUUUGGUAAAAAAAAAAAAUGUGGAUUAUACGUUUCUGGGAAACUGCCCACUUACCCCUCCGCUAAGCCAACAUUUUGCCCUAAGUGAUAAGAAAGUGUUAAUGUUGGCUUGGGGGAGGAGUAGGUGGGCAGUUUCCCGGAAACGUUUAAUUCUCCAAAUAGGUAGUGCUGUGUCGGUGAGUGAUUGGAGGACUGAAAAAAAAAAAAAUUGCUGCGGAGCGACCGAAGGGAGCGAGCAGCAACAUAAUCAGGAUUUAAAGGAAAUAUAUAAGGGGGUACGAAUUCUCGAAUUCAUCCCUUUUUACCACAAUGCAUUGCAUUUAACCACACUUUUUACCACAAUGCAUUGCAUUUAACCAGAGUGCAUUGCGCCACGAACAACUCAAAGAAAAACACGGGGAAGUUCGGUGGGUGAGAGAGUGCAUCGUUCGCUGCUCAGACUUAGAGUUUUCUUUGUGGCAAAUUUUCUACAGCACGGUUAGAGGUCUUACCAAAUUUUAAGACACGCAGGAGUCUUUCAGAUGAGUACGAUGGGUAACUUGGGGAUUGGAUUUCAAUUCAAGAGCCUUUGACUCGUCCAGGUGUUAAACCUGACGAGAAGAUGAGCAUUUGCUCUUCGACUCCGCAACACGGGGGAUAUACAAAUUCCAGCUUGCUAGAAGGUGAUGUGAAAGUGGGAAAAUGUCAUGCAGUGCUAUUCUUAAGAAACUGUAUGAGCCGAAAAUGGAUGUGAUUUUGACCAGUCGCUUCAAAAUAACAGCGGAAACCGAGAAAACAAAACAUAUGUUUUGUGUCCUACUUGGUAGACGAGGACGUGUAUCGGCGUUUUGAAAAGCAUAAUUAUGUUCUUUCAUUCAUUCAUUGCCAUGGAAUAUGCGUUUACAUUGUUUUUUCAAUGUUAAUAGCUCGGUUAAUGCGGCUGGCGAUAAUCUUGCCGGUGGAAGUUUCAUGGAAAAGGAAUAAAAUCAAGACUUUUCCUACAAUUACGUAAUCGUAGGAGUAGUCGCGUCGAGCCGAUGGUGCAAGGUUCGAGUCUUACCGAAUUCUUCAUUCCUUCUUUCUUUUUUUUUUUUCCGUUUUUUGUGUUGUUGUUUUCUAUAAAUAUAUAGCCAAAUAACUGUUACUUGAUAAAGUGCAACAAACAGCAAGAAAAGUAUUGUGUUUCCAGAGAAAAUAUCGUGCACCGUAUAUUAAAUAUAUGGAUAAACAAUCUGAAUUUCUAUUAUUUCCUACAAUUUACUGUGGGAAAACCAGAGUUAUAACCACUUGAUCAUUUUCUAAACAACGUUCCCACGAGUUCUUUCUAUAGACUGAUAGUAAAUAUUCUAGUACUUUCCAACAUGUAAAUAGAACAUUCAAUGUCAUUUACGAUUCUUUUAAGUCUCACUGCCUAACUAAUGCCAGUAUCAACAGAAUGUACCGCAGCAUUACUAUCUUUUAGAUAUCCUAGUUUAAUCUACUGAUUGCUUGCCCUAGCUUGAAAUUCAUCCGGUUGCUUCGAGUCGUUUUCUCCUCUCAACAACGUCUGAAUCGACGGGCCGUUUACGCCGUUCAGUGACGUCACUCACUACCCGAAAGUCGGGUAGUGAUUUUGAUUGGUUGAUUGUCUAAACAUUCGCAUAAUUAUGAAUAAUUAUGAAAAAUUUUAGCGGGAUUGUCGCUUGAUAUUCGCAUCGCUGGCAUUCUUUCGUGUAGUUCAACCAUUUCGAUAAGCUUAAUUACUGGGCUGCCCGGCAAGCCCAGUCAGAAAUUCGGUUCUCUCAAAUGGUUUCAUAUGAUUUUCUCUUGCACGGACUCUUGCACGAAUACUUUUUACUGGGCUGCCUGUGCGGCCCAGUCAUAAAAUGGGCUUUCGGUCGUCUGCGGCGAAAAACGGCCUCCCGGGGGAGGGAAGACAGGAGGGUCUGGUACCAAGAAACGAUUUUCUCUCAAAUGGUUUCAUAUGAUUUUCUCUUGCACGGACUCUUGCACGAAUACUUUUUACUGGGCUGCCUGUGCGGCCCAGUCAUAAAAUGCGCUUUCGGUCGUCUGCGGCGAAAAACGGCCUCCCAGGGGAGGGAAGACACGAGGGUCUGGUACCGAGAAACGAUGUUCUCACUAAUGGUUUCAUAUGAUUUUCUCUUGCACGAACCCUUGCACGGAUACUUUUUGUACCUCGUCUGCGCUCCCCCUUGUGAAAACACGUUUUUCACUUUAACACCAGUGUGGAAACAGGUUUUGCCUUCACAAAAGGGUAAACUGACGGACGGGGAAAAACUCUAAAACUCUCUGGGAAAGGCCUUUUCCUGGGGACACUCGCUGGCUGCGGGAAGGCAAGGAAUCUCUUACGCCUGCUGAAUACCCUUGAGACAAUGAUUACAACAGAACUUGGCUCCAAUGUAGAGGUUUAAUCCAAGAGUAUGCUGCGGUAGAGUCAGGAACAUAACCAAAGAAAAUCUUACAAAACACUGGUGUAAAUACUCUAAGUUGAUGACGCGAUACAGAUUAGGUCAUGCACUAGCGAGGUAAAUUACAGAACACAACAAUCAUUUCUAAAAGACUAUUGGUGGAAACCUAAGUUUGCUUUGAAACAUUAAUUACUUCCAAAAGCUACGCAGGUGGAUAACGGCUUCUUACAGGUUGAUUACACUCCGAAGACUAAAUACAAUUAUGACUUGACAAAUAAGUUAACGCUCAAUAAAUCAACAGGUUGUUUACGACUAAAAGAAGUUAAGACUAAAGAAUAAAUGAUUUCUACAUUGGCUUUUCAUAUUUUUAUCAGCGAAAGCAAAAUAACUGAAUAACAAUAAAUUAUCUCUUCACAUUCCUCCCACCUUAAGUCUCAGCUGUCCUCAGCUGAUUAGAGAAAAAAAACGAUCUAAAAUAUACGAGAAAACUUAAGAAAAAUGCUCAGCGAAUUAAAAGAUUAAAACUUACGUUUAUGUUGAAAUUUUAUAUUUGAUUUUCUGUUUUUUUGAAAAUUUUGUAUUUGUUUUUUGUGCCUGAACCGCGGCAUAAACCGAACUAGCCUAAAUAUAGUGGCCUCGGGGGUUCAAUGAAAAUAAAAGCUGAUCUAUAUAAAGAUUAAUGUACCUCAAAAUUUGCGCCUUUUGAGGGCAAUUACUUACAUGCAUUCUUACCCCGCGAAGCUACUAAAAGGUUAUUAUAUACGUUUCAAGCGCUCGUUUCUUAGCUUAAAACUCUCACACUUAAAGUUACCCAAACUCUCAUGUAGUACUUCUCAAUUCUCGAUUCUUCGAUUCUGUUUGUUAAUUCCUUAUUAUGUUUCUCCUUAUUCGAGCCUUCUCUCUGGCUUGGACGGACUUAUCUUAAUUGAUUCAGUUUUACUCAACGGUGUAUUCGUUAUUCUAUCUCAUAUAUCUUGGACUCUUAGAAAUUACACACUAACUAUUUCCUCUUCUGAAGGUCGCUUUCUCUGUUAGUGGAUGGCCAUUGUCAUUUACUGGUGAGAUCGUUCGUAGUAAGGCGUCGGGAGGGUCAUCAUUCAGCAGCGGAAAAUUGUACUUGAACUUUGUGGAAGACACUGGUUGAUGCCAAUUAUGUGUAUGAGUUUCGAUUGUCAAUCUGCCAUCAUAUUUAGGGAAUGGAAACAAUUCUUUCUCUGCAGACUGGCGGUAGUAGUGCAUGUUGUGGGGCUUUUGAGUUUUUGGUUGCACUUGAGGUAAAUUAUGAGCUUGUGAAGCAAAGCAGAGGUGAAUGACCAUUAGUAGCAUGAACCAGACGAUAAACUUCUCGAACAUAAAUGGAAUCUUGAGCUGCAAUGCUGCUGAUUUGCCUGUCUUCUGAGGUUUCACCGCGUUUUUGCUAAUAGUGGGCGUCUUUCUGGACUGCGAUGCUUGGAAAGGCGCUGAACGUUGAUUUCUCCUAAACCUAAGAGCGUAUGUGGGGAUAAUACAUUCUUCUGUUGCUCUUGACAAUUCCUUGAAGUGCAACGAUGUAUCUUCUAAUUUCAGACGUUUGUUCUUGAAAUCUAUUACUGCACCGUAUGCUUGCAAGAAAUCUUGACCGAGUAUGGCUUCGUGACAAAAACCCUGUACCACUUGAAAACAGCUGGGAUAAAGAACACCAUUGAUUUUGACAGGAAUUUCGACCUUUCCCAACAACGGUACCUUUUGCCCUGUGAUUGUCUCAACAAACUGUACCGAUCCAUUUGUCAAUAUUGUUGCUCCUCGAUCAUAAAUCUUGUUUAGUAGCUUCUCGUCAAUAAUGGAGGCACAAGCACCGGUACCCAAAAGAAAAUUAACGUCCUGACCUGCUAUAUCGCCGGUUAUCAUCAUGUUGCUAUCCUUAAGUUCUUCACUGUCAGUGUCUGUUAAAAUCUUUGUCUUGGUCAACUUUUGAGACGGAGACUUUUCUGUACAACUUGUUGCGACUCGUUGGUUGCGGUUUCCUUCACCGGGCGUUUGACGAGGGGAAAUAAGGGUAUUCUGCUGGUACUUAGGUUUCUCUUGUUCCUGGGAAUUUAAAGCAUUUGUGCAGUCGGGUGGCACAUUGGGUAUCUGGGAACUUGUUUGCUUGAAGCUGUUUGCUGCAACUGAGUUUAGGUGGCCCAAUUUAAGUACUUCCUUUGGCUGGUCCAGGAUAACUCCAACUUUUGUCGAGUUGUGGUUGACGUCAUAUGGUGCCUCUCCGGAAUCUUGGCAACGAGGUUUGUCUCUGGCUGUGUAUGCCGGCUGAAACGUAGGGGCUUGAUGCGGGAUUCGCUCAGGCUUGUGACGUACUUUAUAAUUAUAGGACCCUUGUUGGCAACUACGAUGAGGGCAGUUGAUCUGAAUGUGGCCAACCAUUCCACAAUAAAAGCAAGUCCUUUUCCAUGGUUGUACCUUACUGUGUCUUAAGUUUCCUUCCAAGCGUCGUUCCAAAAUUGUAAUCUUGUUCAAGAGAUUUCCUUCCAUAUCCUUUAUAACUUUUGUAAGCUCGUCCUUAAUUUCUUGCUGGUAAUCUUUAUGAAGCUGAGAAUGGGUUGCUCUUCUGGUUUUCGGCUCUGUUGAAACUAUCUGCGCUCGUAGGGAGUGGUUACUACCUGGUUGUCCAGUAUCAGGGUUUGACUGUCUAAUCUCAGGGCAAGGGAAACUUGAUUGGUCACUCGGUAUUGCCUCGGGAGCUGCAUGGUAGUUCUGUUCUAACUUGGUAGUUCUGUCUGUUUCCUGAUUGGUUAAGGAUUUCACUUUUUUACUGACCUGAGUUGUGAUCAAUUCUCUGACAUUUUGAGCCGAACUGUCUUCUCCCCAGAAUGUACAACGGUUGGGUUUUCUGUGGGAAGGUCUCCAUAGCGAGAUCGGCUGGAAUCUCCUGUAACGUGCUUAUCAGCUUUCAGGGUACUAUAAGCAGUGGCUGUUGACUUCUGCUUUACCUCUUUGGUCUGUGGUGGCUGAGCCAUCCUAAGAGCUACUUUAUUGUAACCUGAUAACGCUGGUUUGGGAUAGUUCCAAAAUACUGAAUUGGAUACACUCCAACUUUACCUGGAUAUGGUGGUGGCAAGAUAUCAACUGGUGCUGGCGGGUAGGUCAUGGCUGGUUCUACCUUUGGCUCAUGAUCAGCUGGGUGAUAGAGUCCCAGUAUUGUAGUGUCAGCAGUCUUACUACGUAUGGCUGUUGCAGUCGGCACCGGAUUAGUGGCCAGGACGGGUGGCCACGAAGAAGGACCGGGAUCUUGAAACGGAAAAGGAGGCAAUAACAGCUGGUCAGUGGUUACUGUACUAUGUAAAUUCUCGACCAGGGUAGAGACGCCUGUUUGCGGUGUUUCUUCAUAUGUUCUAUGUAACUCGUCCAUGUUAUUGCUCGGCUCAGUUUCUGGUUCAUAAUCAUAACAAUAAUCCCACUCUCCAUAGAAGUCAUCAUCGUUAAAGUCUUGUGAACUCUGUUCGUGGUGACUGUUAAAGUAAUUGUUCGUCGUGGCUUCUGGUAUGGCAUCAUCAUAAUAAUAAUCCCAAUCAACGGAGUCAUAAUUGGGAGAGUCGUAUAUAGGCAACUCCGGAUGGUCGGAAGAGGUUGGAGUACUGUCCUGAAAGGCAGCUAUUCGACUCUGAUGUGGUGGCGGUGGUAAGGCUCGCUGUCGUGCUUGAGGGCCACUUGAAUAUUGAGUAUAGUUAUCAGGAGCAGGCAACGCGUACCUGACCACCGGCGGUCGUUCACGUUCACGGCUGUUCCGUUGUGGACAACUGUUUUGAUAAUGGCCAGGCAAACCACAUACAUAACAACAGGGUCGGCCAUCUCUUGAUCGCUCCCUAGUGUUACGUGUCUCCCGCUGACGUUGUGCGAGACCAGUGAUGCGUGCGUCCAUCCUCUUUUCCAAAUUAGUCAUUUGAUUUUCCAUACGCUUCAUAAAUUGCUCAAGGUGACUUUGGAAAUCCACUUGUGGCUCGGAAUAAGCGACAACUUUAUCUGACUUCGUAACUGUAGGCAUAAGUGAAUUCACUUUUUGUGUCAAGGUUUCAACCUGGGUUUGAAGCGACUGUUGUUGAUUUGUACUUACUGGGCUGUUACUAUUGGCUACCAGAGUGUUCAAAGUCUUCGUUAAAUUAUUUAAUUGUAUCGUAACGGUUUCAUUAGAAUUGCUCAUCGUGGUUUUAACUGCGGAUGCGAAGCGGGCCAUUUCUUCCGCUUCCCGGAAAGUCUUUGGUUGUUUUAGCAAAACAGUUUCUCUCAAAUCGGCCCUUAGCCCUUGAACAAAAUAACGCAACUUAUCGGCAUCUGAAAUGUUGAUUCGACGAAACUUUCCGGUCAGAUCAGUUAAAUAGGUGUCAAGUGGCUCCACAGGUCCCUGCUGGCGGGUAGUAAUUGCCUGCCAGAUAAUCCAGCUCUGGUUUUCGUUUGUGAAUCUUUCCUUCAAGGCAUCACGCAGCUUAGUAAAGGUAUCCUUACAAUCCCCAGGCAGGGAAUAAUAAAAGUCCUCAGCUGGCCCCGCAAGAUUCAGUACAAGUUCUGCCAAAGCGGUAGGAGUGGAUGUAUCUAUCCGGCGUAGUGUCAAAUAAUUUUCCACCUUAUCCAGCCAUCGAUUUAUAUCCUCGGAGUCAAAGCCGUGAAAUGCGGUCGGUCUGUGCGGACUGGAUACAUCCGGAAUCGGAGUUUGCUCAAAGGUACUGAUAGUUUUUGUACGAAAGACAUGAGCUUUCUCUUGUUGUGAUUUAAGUUCUUGUUGUAAUGCAAUUAUUUGGUCUUGCAAUUUAGUUAACUCCUCUGCUUGCAUGGUACCUGUAGCGUCGCACGUGUUACAACUCUCUAUAUUUGUUGCUGAUUCGCAUUCACCGUUAUCACUAGAGUCGUCAGGGGUUCUGUCAGUCUUAUUACGCGAUCCAGUCAAAUUACUACUCGGAGGCGUUCCCGUUUUGAAGUUAUCUCUGUAGUCUACCCUCCGGGAAAAGUGUUCGUAAAUAUCAGCAGGUGAAUUAAUAUUUGGUAACGGUUGUCCACCAGCAGCGUUAUCGGGAACAAUUGGUGUAGUAUUUAACACUUCUGGUUGUUCAAUUACUGUAGGAUCUACAGGUGUGGUUGUAGGUGGUAUUGUAUUACUGGGAGGCGAUGUACUACCAGUAGGAGGUGACGUACUCGCAGGUACCUGUUGACUACCUGCUACAAAAAUGUUAUCCGUACAGUUCUCUUUUUCUUUUUCUUUUUCUCUCUCGUUUUCUGAAGAAAGUUCUUCCUCAGAUUCUACGAGAGCUCUGAGGCGUCGUGGGUCCAAAGCACGAAGACUGUCGUCGCUAUCGGAAUCUACACUAAUAUCCACGGGUUCCAAGUUGGUCUUGUUAAACGUUACAGAGUUUUUGUGAGAAGGUUCCAACGGUUCUGAACUAGUUCCUUCUUUAGCAACUGGCCCACGCCUCAAUUCUGGGGCUAUUUUUGAUUCGUCGAAAGGCAAAUCGCACUCGACGCAGGCGUCUACUUUCGACUUCGGAGUACUUUGGUUCUUACUCCGGCUCCUUAGGUUGUAAGGUUCUUUUCUUUUCGCGAAAAACUUCGGCAUCAAGUUAAAUGGACUAACUUGGGCGUACUCUCUUGCUCCAAGGGGUUACAUCCUGUUCUGUAAGGUUUCUUUGCCUCUGGUAUUCCUAGCGUAAUUGCCCGGAUUCUCCACCAGUGUGAAAACACGUUUUUCACUUUAACACCAGUGUGGAAACAGGUUUUGCCUUCACAAAAGGGUAAACUGACGGACGGGGAAAAACUCUAAAACUCUCUGGGAAAGGCCUUUUCCUGGGGACACUCGCUGGCUGCGGGAAGGCACGGAAUCUCUUACGCCUGCUGAAUACCCUUGAGACAAUGAUUACAACAGAACUUGGCUCCAAUGUAGAGGUUUAAUCCAAGAGUAUGCUGCGGUAGAGUCAGGAACAUAACCAAAGAAAAUCUUACAAAACACUGGUGUAAAUACUCUAAGUUGAUGACGCGAUACAGAUUAGGUCAUGCACUAGCGAGGUAAAUUACAGAACACAACAAUCAUUUCUAAAAGACUAUUGGUGGAAACCUAAGUUUGCUUUGAAACAUUAAUUACUUCCAAAAGCUACGCAGGUGGAUAACGGCUUCUUACAGGUUGAUUACACUCCGAAGACUAAAUACAAUUAUGACUUGACAAAUAAGUUAACGCUCAAUAAAUCAACAGGUUGUUUACGACUAAAAGAAGUUAAGACUAAAGAAUAAAUGAUUUCUACAUUGGCUUUUCAUAUUUUUAUCAGCGAAAGCAAAAUAACUGAAUAACAAUAAAUUAUCUCUUCACACCCUGAAAAACCCACAAAGCGUUGCGAACCUGAAGAAGGCUAUUUGCGUUGUUCCAAGCGAUUCGGUCAUGGGAGUCACUCUAUAAUUUUUUUAUUGUUCGAGUUGAAGUCAGUUAGAUGAUGUUGGCAUUGGGAAACUCAGAGAAAUGCUCGCGUUGCAUUCAAACCGACACGCCGUUCACGGUAGGUUUACACUAAAAGAUGACUGUGAGCAUCAGGUUUGGAACGCCGUGGCCGCUUCGUGAACUCAAAGAGAGAAUUAUCGAUCGAUGCAGUACAUGAGCAAUUAAGAAGCACAAUUUAUGAGCAAGGUAUUUCACCAGUUGACGACACUAUGGCUGAAGACUUGAUUGUAAGCCUUCGUAGUCAGUGAAGCGAACAACUCAGUUGCCGAUGAAUGGCACUACGCACGUCCAUGAGCGAAGGACGUGACAACUUUGCCACGUUAGAAGACUGGCUUUUCCUUUAAAUAUUUCUUUCUAUUUAAUGCAGCACACGCCACUUUGGAGGUCUAAAUUUCGGAUACUGAGGAUAAAGAAGACACGGACAAAAAUAGGGACUCUGAGAAUUUCGCACACACGUUUAAAGCUUCACCGGGACAUCCCAUCCGGGAGCUUCACAGAGAGCGACUUGAGGAAAAUAGGAGCUAUUACUGACAAGGUUUGGUGACUGAGUAGAGCAUACAAGUGUAGCCCACGUCAGUAGUAUAGGAGGGACCGGUUACUCCGGUUUUUUGGGGAGGAUUCUCAUUAAGGUGGGGAGGAAUACAUUAACGCCGAUGACGUCAUAGGCUAUUGUCUUGAUCUCAUGAAUAAAAUGCGCAGGAAUCUCAUUAAGAUAAGGUCGUGUGCUAUUUUAAGUUGGUUUAGGUUUUCUAGUUACUUUAAGGUCGAUAAACGUCUUCGUUUUCUAUUGGUUAGUUAGAAAAUAAGAAAAGUUUUCAUUGGUUAAUUCAUAGUGCCUGAGGAGUGAAGUCAAACUUGUCUCUGACUUAAAAUCACUGAGACGUAACGUAAUUAUGCAAGUUCUAUUUCCUGCUGCUGCGAUUGUCCUGGUUCCGGUUCACUGAUUUUUGGCAGGUAAAUCGUGCAUAUUAAUGAGGGCAAAGGCCAACUAGUUCUUUUUUACACUGCAAACAAUGUUUUACUCACCCCUCUCCUUUUCAUUUUUGUUUUCCCUCCUCCUCCUCCUCCUCAUUUUUGUUUUCCCUCCUCCUCCUCCUCAUUUUUGUUUUCUCUCCUCCUUCUCCUCCUCCUCCUCCUCCUCAUUUUUGUUUUCCCUCCUCCUCCUCCUCCUCAUUUUUGUUUUGGUACAGUAGGGGUACAGGAGGGGUACAGGAAGGGUACAGGAGGGGUACAGGAAGGGUACAGUAGGGGUACAGGAGGGGUACAGUAGGGGUACAGGAGGGGUACAGUAGGGGUACAGGAAGGGUACAGGAGGGGUACAGGAGGAGGAGGAGGAGGAGGAGGGAAAACAAAAAUGAGGAGGAGGAGAAGGAGGAGAGAAAACAAAAAUGAGGAGGAGGAGGAGGGAAAACAAAAAUGAGGAGGAGGAGGAGGAGGGAAAACAAAAAUGAAAAGGAGAGGGGUGAGUAAAACAUUGUCUGCAGUGUAAAAAAGAACUAGUUGGCCUUUGCCCUCAUUAAUAUGCACGAUUUACCUGCCAAAAAUCAGUGAACCGGAACCAGGACAAUCGCAGCAGCAGGAAAUAGAACUUGCAUAAUUACGUUACGUCUCAGUGAUUUUAAGUCAGAGACAAGUUUGACUUCACUCCUCAGGCACUAUGAAUUAACCAACGAAAACUUUUCUUAUUUUCUAACUAACCAAUAGAAAACGAAGACGUUUAUCGACCUUAAAGUAACUAGAAAACCUAAACCAACUUAAAAUAGCACACGACCUUAUCUUAAUGAGAUUCCUGCGCAUUUUAUUCAUGAGAUCAAGACAAUAGCCUAUGACGUCAUCGGCGUUAAUGUAUUCCUCCCCACCUUAAUGAGAAUCCUCCCCAAAAAACCGGAGUAACCGGUCCCUCCUAUACUACUCACGUCGAGGUUUCAGGGGGUUUGCUUUUGUUUGUAUUUGUAUCUUGCUAAGCUUUUAUCAUUAAAUUUGUACAUGAUCUUGUGAUCACAAUUCUGUGUUUUCUCCCAUUCAGUAAGCACGCUAUAUUGAUGUCAGCAUUAGCGAGUUUCAGAAACAUGCCUUUGAAAGUUUUCAGCUCUCGUGAUGUUUCUUGAUAUUUCUUUUACCAUUUUAUGGAGAUGUAAACUGAAGUCACCGCAAAAUGGAAACUUAAAAAAGCGUAUAAUCCAUUUAUCUCGAAACAUAACACACAUGACUUAUACGACCUUUAUUUUCGUAAAGGUGUUUUGAAUACGAAUGAACACAGUCAAUGCGAGGGGCAAAAACAGCAUUAAUAUAAAUGAACCAUGGGGUUUUAACUAAUAUAAGGGUCAAUUAUUAUGCACUGAGAUGAAUCGCUUGAAAAGAGAGACGUCGCUUGAAGAUGUGAUCAGAAGUAAACAAAGGCAUAAUAGUGCGUCACGUUCAGUCUUUUUAAUAUCCAAGGAGUCACUGUGAAUAGUGUUUCCAUAUUGUUUAGCUGGCACAAAAACUUCGGACGAGUUAUAAAGCGGCAUAGUUAUCUUCCAUGAAGAGAAGUUCGUCUUGGGUGAGACAAACAGAACUGGAGCGAAUUUUUAAUUCGCAUCGGUAUCAGGUAAAAAAUAUGUUAUCGAUCGUUUCAUCUAUUUACAUUGUUUGAAGUGCGUGCUGGUGAACGCAACAUGCGAGCGAGAAAUCUUUAAACUUUUUUAGGUCUCAAAAUGCAAAGGAUUUUAUUCCUUUAAGUUAGAGAAAAAUACCAUGAGGAAAAUCUUAAAACUGAAUAUUUUUCAUCUUAUGGAAAAAAAUUCGCUGCUGUCAAUCAUCUUAACGGACCUCUUAGGAAACAAAACUUUACUUCACUCAAAAGGUCAUGGUUUGUAUGAAUUUUGAUCCGUUUUGUGUGUUUCUCUGUUUCAAGGUUCGUUGCUUGUGAUCGUAAUUAUGAUUGACGGCAGCGAUAAACACAAUUGUGAAGGUGGCUUUUGAACUUUAGAGUUCUCAUGUUUGUGAAAAGCGCAGUAAAGUCUCCGUGCAGUCAGUGAGGCCCCUGGAUCAGGCGGGAUCAAUGGGCAGUUAACUGUCUGUUUUAGUAUACUUCUGGUUUUCAUACAAUACAAUAUUUCUGUCUAGUGUAAAUGAGCUCAGUCUGUCGCAUUUUAUGCUCGUAGAACGACAACAAUUUUUGGAAUUUCCAGUUACGUCAAAUUAGUCACGUUAUACUGUCACGCUAUAUUUUGGAGCACAGAGGGAUUGGGGGAGGGGUACGUGGAAAUAAUGCAAAUUGUUUCCUGCUAAGAAUUAAUGGCUAACUUGUUUAUUUUUAUUCAGAAUGGUGGAAUUUAAAAGUUAUUAUACAGCCCUCACUUAAAAAUGGUACUCUUUUUUUUUUGGUUACGAAAGUCUUUCAAAAGGGUACAAUGUUCUGAAUGAGUUUAUGUUUCAGUCUCACAUGAGGUUCUGUCGCAUGCAAUGGUUGCCGACAAGGUUUUAUGGUAGCCUGAGUAUGUAUAGCCGCGCCCUCCCUUCAGAAAAAAUAGCCCCUUGGCAGCCCAGUUAAAAAUCGCCUUUCGGCGAUUCUUGUUGUACCUCCUCUCCGCUUCCCCUGGAAAACCCAGAAGGCGUUGCGAACCUGAAGAAGGCUAUUUGCGUUGUUCGAAGCGAUUUGAUCAUAGGAGUCACUUUAUAACUUUUGUCAUUGUUCGAGUUUAAGUCAGUUGAUGAUGUUGGCGCUGGGAAACUCAGAGAAAUGCUCACGUUGCAUACAAACCCACACGCCGUUCACGGUAGGUUCACACUAAAAGAUCACUGUGAGCGUCAGGUUUGGAACGCUGGGGCAGUUUCGUGAACUCAAAGAGAGAAUUAUCGAUCGAUGUAGUACAUGAGCAAUUAAUAAGCACAAUUUAUGAGCAAAGUAUUUCACCAGUUGACAACACUGUCGUUAAAGACUUGACUGUAAGCUGUCGUACUCACUGAAGCGAACAACUCAGUUGCCGGCGAAUGUCAGAUGAAUCCUGAUGUUAAGAAAUGAACGUCCAUGAGCGAGGGACGUGUCAACUUUGCCAUCUUAAAAGACUGGCUUUUCCUUUUAAUAUUUCCUUCUAUUUAUAAUCCAACACACGCCACUUUGGAGGUCUAAAUUUCGGAUACUGGGGAUAAAGAAGACACGGACACAAAUAGGAACUUUGAGAAUUUCGCACACAAGUUCAAAGCUUCACCGGGACAUCCCACCGGGAGCUUCACAAAGACCAACUUGAGGAAAAUGGGGGAUAUUACAGACAAGGUUUGGUUACUGAGUAGAGCAUACAAGUGUAGCCCAGGUCGAGGUUUCAGGGGGUUUGCUUUUGUUUGCAUCUGUAUCUUGCUAAGCUUUUAUCAUUAAAUUUGUGCAUGAUCUUGUUAUCACAAUUCAGUGUUUUCGCCCAUUCAGCAAGCACGCUAUAUUGAUGUCAGGUAGCAUUAGCGAGUUUCAUAAUAACAUGCCUUCGAAAAUUUUCCGCUCUCGUGAUGUUUCUAGAUAUUUCUUCUACCAUUUUAUGGAGAUGUAAUCUGAAGUCACCGCAAAAUGGAAACUUAAAAAAGCGUAUAAUCCAUUUAUCUCGAAACAUAAUAGAAUACACAUGAUUUAUACGACCUUUAUUUUCCAAAUGGUGUUUUGAAUACGAACGAACACAGUCAAUGUGAGGGGCAAAAACAGCAUUAAUAUGAAUGAACCAUAGGGUUUUAAUUAAUAUAAGGGUCAAUUAUUGUGCAUCGAGAUGAAUCGCUUGAAAAGAGAGACUUCGCUUGAAGAUGUGGUCAGAAGUAAACAAAGGCACAAUAGUGCGUCACGUUCAGUCUUUUUAAUAUCCAAGGACUGUAUUCGGCAUACUGUAUUUCGUGGACUGGACUGGACUGGACUGGACUUGUAAAACGCGGCCUAGUAAAAGGAGGACUAGUAAGACGCGGACUGGUAAAACGCGGACUAGUAAAACGCGGACUGGUAACACGCGGACUCAGGAUAGGCUCCUGCGGACGUCUUUUUUUUUUUACCAGUCCGCGUUUUACUAGUCUGCGUCUUACCAGUCCGCGUUCUACUAGUCCAGUCCAGUCCAGUCCUCGAAAUACAGUAUGCCCUGUGAAUAGUGUUUCCAUAUAGUUUAAUUAGCACAAAAACUUCGGAGGAGUUAUAAAGCGGCAUAGUUAUCUUCCAUGAAGAAAAGUUAGUCGUGGGUAAGACUGCAGCGAAUUUUUAACUCAUAUCGGUAUCAGGUAAAAAAUAUGUUAUCGAGCGUUUCAUCUAUUUACAUUGUUUGAAGUGCGUGCUGAUGAAAGCAACAUGCGAGCGAGAAAUCUUUAAACUUUUUUCACAAAAUGCAAAGGAUUUUAGUCGUUUAAGUUAGAGAAAAAUACCAGGAGGAAAGUCUUAAAACUGAACACUUUUUAUGUUGUGGAAAAAAUAGUGGGUUUUCAUGUAGUGUAGACCGCAAAUUAGGAACGUCUAUUUACUGCACGUUUCACAAACAUGCCAAUUCUAAAGUUCAAAAGCCAACCGACGAUUGCGUUUUUCGCUGCUGUCAAUCAUCUUAACGGACCUCUUACGAAACUCAACUUUACUUCACGGGUUCAAAAGGUGAUGGUUUGUGAUUUGUGAUUGGUGGAUUUCGAUCCGUUUUGUGCGUUUCUCUCUUUCAAAGUUCGUUGCUUGUGAUCGUAAUUAUGAUUGACGGCAGCGAAAAACGCAAUUGUGAAAGUGGCUUUUGAACUUUAGAGUUCGCAUGUUUGUGAAAAGCACAGUAAAGUCUCAGUGCAGUCUGUGAGGCUCCUGGAUCAGGCGGGAUCAAUGGACAGUUGGCUGUCUGUUUUAGUAUACUUUUGGUUUUCAUACAAUACAAUAAUCCUAGUGUAAAUCAGCUCAGUCUGUCGCAUUUUAUACUCGUAGAACGACAAUAUUUGUGGAAUUUCCGGUUACGUCAAAUUAUUCACAUUAUACUGUCACGAGAUUUUGGUUUGGGUGCGUGAAAAUAAUGCAAAUCGUUUCCUGCUUAGAAUUAAUGGCUAACUUGUUUAUUUUUAUUCAUAAUGGUGGAAUUUAAAAGUUAUUAUACAGCCCCCACUUAAAAAUGGUACUCUUUUUUUUUGUUACGAAAGUCUUUCAAAAGGGUACAAUGUUCUGAUUGAGUUUAUGUUUCAGUCUCACAUGAGAUUCUGUCUUACGCAAUGGUCGGCGACAAGGUUUUAUUGUCGCCUGAGUGUCAGUGAUAUUCGCCCCCUUCCCUCAGAAAAAAUAGCCCCUUUGCAGCCCAGUUAAAAAUCGCCUUACGGUGAUUCAUGUCUUUAUCUUAAACAGCAAAAUUGCCCUUGUCUUCGAAACUGAAAUGCUAAAUUGAACUGCGAACGAAGAAUCAUUGUGGAGAGUCGGUAGGUUUUCAUUUAGAGCCGCUUUGUGGUUUCGGCGGCCGGUGAUUUUGUUUACGCGAAAUUUUCUGAGAUCAAUGUUAUAAUUCGACCUUCUUGCUAUUUUCACCGUCAAGUGUAAUGAUUCUGUUAGCUUUUCUUUCUUGUUUCCUUGUUUUUUUUCUUCGUCAAGGACCAAAGAGCUUCUUUUCAAUUAAAGCAAAUCAUUGUGUUUUUGAACUAAGUGUUCCGUGUGUGUGUUUAUUUCAUUGCGUGAUUGCGACCGAGUUUGAUUAUAGAAUUCAGUACAACCGGUUCAGAGUUGUACUGCAUGCAGUUGAUAGUUUGAACGUUAAACAUGAAUUACGAUCGAAAAAAAUAAAGCAAUUCUGUAUCAUGCAGACAUUUCCAAACGAUAUUUCUCGGUUUGCCACUUGAAAAUCGUGUUUUACUUUUUGCAUGAAUUAAAGCAAAGGCCAAGGAGUAGUGACGUCACUGGACGGCAUUAACGGCCGGUCGAUUCAGACGUUACUGAGGGAGUAAUAACGACUCGAAGUAAUCGGAUGAAAUUCAGGCUAUGCUUGCCCUUCAUCAGAGCGAAUCUAAUUCUUUCGUGGUGCAGUUAUGAGGGUGAUGUUCCCUGCAGGCACAGCUUCUAACCAAGAGAUAGAAAAUGAUUUAAACGACCUUGGCUAAUGUCUUGAUGCGACAAAAAAACCAAACAAUAUAUAGGCAUUAAAUAAAUAGAUCGCAGCAGAUAGGUCUCUCGGUGUCGUAAUAUGUUAUGGUAUGUAAAGGGGCCUUGUAGAUUGUUCUUAGACUUGACCAGUGUCAUAACUUUUUUAUCGCAGGAGGCAGUGGGUACAGAAAAAGUAGGACAUAAUGCA